AUGGUUGUUAAUAAUCCAAACAAUUGGCACUGGGUCGAUAAAAACGUGUUGCCAUGGUCGAAAACCUACAUCACCGAGAAACUCACCGCCAUCACCACAACCUCCUCGGACUUUAGUGUCGUGAUCCCUACCGUGACUUCUGUCACUGGGGACUCUGACCUCAGUCAAAGAAAGGGUAAAGCGAUAGUGAUCUACGAUAUGAAGAUUGUAUUUGACGUCGAAGCUACCAAGGACCAACAAGAAGAUGCAGGGUUCAAGUCUUCGAUAGAAAUCCCGGAAUUCAUACACGAUAUGGACGAAGAUGAUUAUCAGUUUGAUAUCAAGAAUAAGGACUUAUCGAUCGAGCAGAAAACAAUUUUGAGAAAGCAAGUUUUCCCUAAGGUCGUUGAACUAUUGAUGAAAUAUCAGGAUGAUGUUAUUGGGAUACAUGGAAAAGAUUUGCAGCAUCAAAGUUGA